AUGAAAAAAAUGGCAACUCUUUCGCUGUCAUCGCUGUUACUAUUAAUGUCUUAUAUAAUGAUUGAUCGGCAGAAAGGAUACGAGAGAAUCGGGAGUCGAGAAGAAUGGCAUUCAUCGUACGAUUACGUGAUAGUGGGCGCGGGCUCUGCCGGCUCUGUAGUGGCGCACAGACUGUCGGCCAUUGAGUCCAACACUGUAUUGGUGUUGGAAUCGGGCGCCGAAGAGACCAUUGUCUCCACAAUGCCGUCAAUGAGUGACACAUUAAAAGAGACACAAAUGGACUGGAAUUACACGAUUGUGGCACAGAAUUACUCGUGUUUUGGCCUAAACAACAGGACCAUGAAGUGGCCCCGGGGUCGGGCACUCGGGGGCACCUCUGCCAUCAACAGAAUGGUCCAUUUGAGAGGAAAUCCCAAAGACUUUGACGGAUGGGAGGAAUUGGGUGCUAAGGGCUGGCAAUGGUCUCAAGUAUUACCACAUUUCUUGCGGUCAGAGAACGAAACGGAUCCCACUUUAGCGGGAAAUGGUUACCACUCGACGGGCGGACCCCUAACGGUGUCCACACCUCCAGAGGUUGAUGUGAUGACUAAACAAUGGGUGAUUGCGUCCAACGCUUCCGGCUAUGAGAUAAUUGAUAUGAAUGGCAGCAAAAGGAGGGGAACCGGUAUAACACAGAGGACUGUACGCGACGGCAGUCGACAGUCAUCUUCGGACGCAUUUUUGGCACCGAUUUAUAAGCGAAAAAAUCUUCAUAUUUUAACCAACACUUUGGUUACGAGAAUAUUGUUUGAUAGAAACAAAAGGGCUGUUGGGGUGGAGUUCCUGAGGAAUGGACACAAACGUAGAGUUAAGGUCAAGAAGGAAGUGAUAGUAUCGGCCGGUGUUGUCAAUUCUCCUCAACUUCUUAUGCUUUCGGGAAUUGGUCCUAAAAGCCAUUUAGAGUCGUUGAAAAUCAAACCAAUAGUGGAUCUACCGGUUGGAGACAACCUCCACGACCACCCGCGCGCAUAUGGCGUACAUUUCCUAACAAACGCCACGUUUACCGAUAAGUCACUGACCAUUGAAUCUCUUCGGGAGUAUCUAAUGGAGGGAAAGGGAGCUCUGACUCGAUCUGAGUACUCGACAACACUAUUUCAGAGCUCUUUUGUCAACGAAACCGAUUGGCCGGACAUUCAGAUGGGUUUCAUGCAGUCGAGUCCGGCCGCCAGUCGGGGCAGCGGUAGAGCCACAGGAAUACGGGACGAGAUUUGGGAUCAGUUUUAUAAGCCGUACACAAAUAGAUCUCAAUUUAGUAUUUCUGUUAUACUAUUACGGCCUAAGAGUAGGGGAACUCUUCGUCUGAGAUCCAGCGAUCCGUUUGACAAACCACUGCUUAAUCCCAAUUAUUACGCCGAAGAGGACGACGUGUCCACUAUUGCCGAGGGUAUGGCCGAAGCCUAUCAUAUAGCGCGGUCGCCGACACUCAAGCCGUACGGCGUCGAGCCUUACGAGAGUCUAGUGAACGGCUGUGAGUCCUAUCAUAACUCAAACUUCAGUCAUCCGCCGCACGAGUACCUGAAAUGUGUGGCCCGGACUCUGACCUCAUCGGCCGCACACAUAGUGGGCACGUGUAAAAUGGGUGCCACCGAUGACCCGACAGCUGUAGUCGACCCCGAGCUUAGGGUCAGAGGUGUAGCCAAUGUGCGAGUGAUCGACGCCUCUGUAAUGCCUCGUGUGGUGUCCGCCAACACCAAUGCGGCCACUGUUAUGAUCGGUGAAUACGGCGCUCAACUUAUUAUUGAUUCCAUAAUCAAAUGUCUUCAAAGUAAUAGCAAUGACAGUCCCAUUGUAUUCCCGGACGACGAUAACGAUAGGCCAACAAAUAAGAGACAACCGGACAGUAAUGCCGUUCAAUGCAAACAAAUUGAUUGCCAUUCGCCGAGUGUGUGUUUCCUUCACAUCGAUGAGGCAAAUGUUGGCCAAUGUGUCCGCACAGACGGCAGUAAAGGUGUCUGUUGUGAGCCCGACAUCAAAAUCACUGGCAAAGACUUUGAACUGGAAAUUCGUAUUCCAAAGGAUAUACAGACCCGUCGUUUGGGACCACCGAAGGACUCGUCGGCCGUCACUCUAAACGAUAUAAAUACCGCCCAAAAGGUGGCCAUUGUUUUCAUGCAAAAUCAGGACAAACUAGAGAUCAAACUCCGAAAGGGCGAUCUGUUGGCGAAGAGGGGUUCGGGAGAGUUCGCUCACCAGAACUUUUUCGGCGCAAACCCUCGUGCGGUUCAGUUGUCCAGAGAAGCGAUGAUUGCCUUACAAACGGCUAAAGAAUUGUCCAAAGAGAAAGGCUUUAAUGUGGAGCAAUCGCGCCGUCGUUUGUCGGGUAUAGACUUACGGUCGACUCGUAUGAACGGCUUUUGUCCGCAGGAACCCGAAUGCAUAUCAACUAAGUAUAGGAGCUCUGAUGGCACGUGUAAUAACAGGAAACAUAGACUUUGGGGCAAAUCUAUGAUAACAUUCAAUAGACUAUUGGAGGCCUCGUAUUCGGACGGCAUUAAUGAUCCCAGAGUUUCAGUGGACGGCUCACCCCUUCCCAGCGCUAGGGAUGUGUCACUACUGUUGGCUCCGGACAGGAAUCGACCCAAUAAUCGGUACACUUUAAUGGUUAUGCAAUUGGGACAGUUUAUUGACCAUGAUCUUACGCAUACAGCUAGUACUAGGACAAACGAUAAUUUGCCGCUCCGGUGUUGUGGUGAAGAGUUUCGUGCGAACCCACAACUCGUCCACCCCUCAUGUUUUCCCAUUUCCGUUGCUAUUAAUGACCCCUUUUAUGAAAAAUUUGGUCAAAAGUGUAUGAAUUUUAUACGCUCUGCGCCUGCAAUCAGACCCGACUGUCAAAUGGGACCGCGAGAACAGCUCAACCAAUUGACCGCAUAUUUAGACGCCAGCAAUAUAUACGGCUCAACCGAAGAUAGGGUGCGAUCGUUGAGAAGCGGUCGUCGCGGGCGACUCCGGGUGUCUAUAGUGAACAAAAGGCAAUUCCUUCCCUUUGACAGCAAUGGCACCAACUUUUGCGGCAUUCCUCGCGAGGAGCGGCUCCAGUGUUUCGUUGCGGGCGAUUCCCGGGUCAACGAACAG